UCUCCGCCUCCUCGUGCUCCGAGCAGCUGGACUCACCUGCUAGGUUACCUUUACUACCCCCGGGAGAAACAACUAAAGCAGUGAGCUCGGUACUUCUUUCCGACAAAGCCCAGGAUUGUGUCGGUGAUGUGACCGGAGUGAAAGCAGAAAUCAAUCAGAAAUGAGCAUAGGAAGCUGGAAGAAGCUAUGCUAACAGUUAGUGUGAACAAGUAUUGACUGAAAAGAGAGAAAAUUAAGAUAAGAAGCUUGAAAAAAUGUCUGGCCAAGUUAGUGUAGUCACCGAGGAGGAUGCACUUUCACCUGCAGAGCCACACAUAGCAGGAAAUAAAAAGCCAGAAGAGAGCAAGAGCAAGGAAGGAGAAGACUCAAAGGAGGAAGAGGAGGAGGAGGAAGUGACCAGCUCUGCUCAUCUGGAGCCAAGCACUCUGCCCUGGCCUGGAGACAAAGACAGGCCUCAGACGGACAACGACGAUGGAGUUUGGUCCGAAGAGAGAGACACGGGGGUCAGUGGGGGGAGCCAGGACCUGUCAGAGGAGCACAGAGACAUGAAGAGCAAGUGGAGGGAGAGCAUGCCUGAAGGAGAGAAGUGGAGGGACGACGAGCUGGAGGUGCAGCGUGACGAUAAAGGGGAAGGCUCCCUGGCAGACGAUGAAGAUGAGGAGGAGGAAGAAGGGGAGUCAAACUGGAGGUCAGAGAAAGCUGCUAUGGGUUUUUCUCCACAAGUCACCAUCGUGCGUCCGUCCAGCAAAGAGCUUCUUGAGGAGAGCCGGAUGUUCAUAGAGGACGACGAGAAGGAGCUGCAGGUGGAGAACGACGCAGCCAAUCGGUUUCAUCCAGAGUGGAGAGAGCAGGACGACAAGUUCUACCUGUGUGAGUCUCUCUGCAGUGAGAAGCUGAAGCUGGUUCUGGGGACGGCGGCUGCAGCGCUGCUCUUCCCUCUGCUGGUGUGGGGGGGGUACGCCCUUAUUCCCUUUGAGUCCCCGCUGCUGCAGAGCACCCCCCUCAGGGUGGUGUACACUCUGCGCUGCGCCUUCUUCGCCAUCAUCCCCAUCAUGCUCGGUGUGCUGGUGCAGGGCGUGGCCCGGCUGCGCUACAGCGCCCUGAAGCCCCUCUACGAGAGCACCCUGGUGAACAGAGAGGUGGCCGUGCACUGGCACUACGUCAACGAAUCGCUGGCUCUCUUCCUCUUUUACUUCCUGCAGCUCGCUGUCAUGGCAACCUACAUCAGCCAGGACCUGGUCAAACUGGUGCCGCUGCUCACCAUCAUAUUUGUCUUCGGCAGGCUGAUCUACUGGCUCUGCCUCUCUCUGGGCAGCAGCUUCCGGGGUCUCGGCUUCGGCUUCUCCUUCUUCCCCAUCCUGGUCAUGCUGGGGGUCAACCUGUACUACAUCUGCUCGUCUGUCGGGCCGGAGUCAGUGUUUGACGUUGAGCCUCCAACAUCAGCUCCUCCCCCCAGGCAGCGCUGGUGGGGUUAAAGGGGGACGUCCAAAAAGACGACAAGGAGAUAAGACACAAACGACUAAGAACACCUUUUUCACAUCACAUCACACCUGCACCAAGGCACCUUGAAUCCCUCCUUCUGUGUCUUAAAUACGACGGCAAACUCUCCUUGGGUAGUGUUUUUAUUAUUCAAAUAAUAACGAUGUGCUCUCAAAAGACCCUCCCAGUAAUGGCCACUGUCACAAAGAAAUCAAUGAUAUAAAGCCUGUUGGGGCUUUAUUUGAAUCUCUGUAUUGAAAAAAGGAAGACAUGCACAAGUACUCGCAUGCUAGUUCAGAGAGGAAGUUGAAAAAGUUUACAUAAAAACAAAAAAGCUCUUGUGUACUUGCAAAUGAAAAAAGGAUGAUCUGAGGAAGGGCUUUAAUUACUUAACUAACCUUCUGUUCAAAAUCUACAGUAAACUGGCUUUUGAAUUACGAGGCUUUUGAAUUAGAAGUGUUUCUGUUGAGGCAUCCAGUGUGUCGACGUGAUGCAGCAGAAAUAAGAAAAGUAAGAACUGAUGUUGUAAAUAUUUAUUAUCAAAAUUAUUUUAUGAGAUUGAAUUAACUUUUUUUUAAUGAAUUUUCACAUUUUCGUUUUUGCACUCUUGGUAUUAAUGGUAAUCUUAUGAUGUAAUAUUUAUAUGUGAGACUGAUGAAUGCAUCUUUGUUUUAUUGAUCAAAGGCUUUUCUUUCUUUAUGUCAGCAGUGCUGUUGUCUGUUUUUGGGCAGUGUCUUUUUUUUAUUUUGAAAAAAACGAGUUAAGUUUAAGCAUUUUUUCAAUAAAGCUUUAACAAAUAUGAUACUCAACAUUGUGCGGAGGCUGAUGAUUCAGAUCUGACUGAGGGGAUGUUUCUGAAAUAAAAGCACUAACAGCGACCAUUUCAUGUUUUAAAUGUGGUUGCUGCGAUCAGAUGAGGUAAGUUUCAACUAGACCAAGUACAUUUAUUAGUAUUAACCUGGACAUGUGGGACACACCUCUUUUUAUUACAUUUUAGUGUUUGUUCUAUCUUUUAUGAAUGUUUUAAUGAAACUUCAGAAUAACCAAAGUAUAAUUCAUGUUUUAAUAACUUCCAUGUUAAGCUUACCAGGGACUCUAAGUCAAUGCAGCAUUGUAUUACUAUAUGACACACCUUUUUACUGGAUUUUAGUGUUUUUUCUAUUUUCUAUCAAUAUUUUUAUGAAAUCCCAUUAUUUUUGUUGAAGGGUUAUUUUCUUCCAUGUCAUGUGAUGCAGUCACUUUAAAUAAAUGCAGCAUUGUAUUACCA